UGGCCUACUUCCUGUUCGCCAUGUCAGAGCUCACCCACCAUCCACUCGCACCGCACAUCCCCAGGGGUCUGCGGCAGCGCAUGGCCCAGGUGGUGCGGAGUUCCAAGGAGGGCCUGCUGGUGUGGCGCGCUGCCUCCCUGCUCGCACUCACCGAGGCCUCUGGGGACAGCGAGGCAUGGCUGCCCAACAUAGGCUACGACUCAACCACAUCAUCCCACAGGCACAUGAGCCUUGCAGGUCUCUUCUCUGCUGCAGCCAAGGCAGUAACAGCGAUGCAGCAAGGCAGUGGCGAUGCAGACGAUGCUGACGUGGAGGCUGACGUGGAUGCUGACGUCAAGGCUGAUGUGGAUGCUGACGUCGGGGAGAAGAAGAGCGAGGAGGACGUGAAAGUAGAGGGGAGUGCAGGGGAAGCGAUGCAAGUGGAGGAUGAACAAAAGGAAGAGGAAGCUGCUAGGAACAAUCAGCACGUGAGCGAAGGGAGGAGCAAGGGGGCUGAGCAAGAAAAGGGUGGUGGAGAAGGGGAAGAAGAGGAAGGUGUGGAGGAAUUGAGGGUUUCGAAGGGAGCGGGUAGAGGGAGGGGGAAGAAGAGACGGGGGAGGGGGGGAAGGGCAGGUGCAGCCGGGCGGCGGGUGAGAGGGAAGCAGGCUGUUGAGGCGGAGAAGGGGGAGGGUCAAGGGAAGGCGAGUGGGGGUGCGGAUGAUGAGGGAGUGAGGGAGGUGGAGAUGGUGGGGGGGGAGAGGGUGAUGAUGAAGUGUUGGAGGUUAGUGGGAAGCGAGGAAGUGGAAGGGGAUAAGGAGGUGAUGGAGUGUGAGGAAGUGAAGGGGAGUGAGGGAGGGAAAGAGAGUGAGGAAGGAGUGGAAGAGGUGAAGGACCUUACAGUGGAGGAUUCAACUGGCAAGCAGUAUGCUGCAGAGCGGUCAGGGGAGGUACAGCUGGUGAAGGUGGGAACUGGAGUAGGCAGCAGCGCACUGCCAGUCACCACCAGAGUGCUGAGGUCACAAAGCAAUAGAGAGGCGUUGAGUGCGGUGGAAAGAGGUGCUGGAGAGUCACACAGGGGAGCAAUAGUGGGCGGAACGGAGACAGAUGGAAAGGGGGAUGGAGGGGUGGGGAAGAAAGCAGGGGGAGUGGAAGAUGCGGAGCAGGAGGAAUCUGCAGCUGAUGAUGCUAUGUGCCAGUCACUUGCAUCGUGCCGUCUGCUGCUGCUAAUCAUCGACGCUCUUCUCAGGGACUUCCACCACCGCCGUCACACGCUGCUCACCACUCCAUCUCUCUCCAAGUAUCGGCGCCUGGAGACAAUCAAGUCAACUCUGCUCUUCAGAUUCCUACAGGGCCAGGGGACUCUAGGGUUGGAGCAGCUGUGGGAGAGUUUGGUGGCUCUUGUGUUUGCUUGUGCUGGGGAGGAGGAGGAAGAGGACGAGGACGAGGGAGAGGGAGAGGAGGAAGGGAAAAGUGGUAGCGAGGAUAUAAGGCAGGAGAUUAAGGGAGAGGCGGAGGACAAGGGAGGAGGAAACGAUGGAGGAGAGGAGAAGGACAAAGGGGAGGAGGGUGAAGAGCUAGGGAGAAAGAGAAAGCGUGCUAGGACAGAGGGGGAAGGCGAGGAGGACGAGAAGCAGGAAGUGAAGGGAAAGGAAGGAGUGAAGGAUGAAUCCGAUGGCGAAGCGAGGAGAGAGAAGCAAAGUCAAUGGGGUAGGGAGGAGGGAAAGGAGGGGGAGGAGGCGAAGGAGAGGAAGGAGGAGAGGGAGGGAAAGGAGGAAACGCGGGCAGCAGCGGAGGCAGCAGAAGAGGAGAAGGAGGCAAAGCGUCAGUCUGUGCGGAGGGCACGUGCCUGCGCCGCUCCCAAUCGCCUGGAGCUGGCUCGAGCAGCUCAGCUGCUGCUGGGUGCUGUGUUGGAUCUGCAUGGCAUCAUAGCAGACAACGACGGGUACCGCAGAGCCAGAAAUGAGAAGGAGGCGAUGGAGGAUCGAGUGGUGAGGCUCUUUGCAUUGGAACCCAGCGUUGCCAAGAAGAGCUUUUUCCUGCAGACCAUGGUGGAUCCGUGUCACAAGUAUCAUCUCAUCGUCCUCCUCUUCUCUCGCUUCGGCCCUGUUCUCUCCAAAGGCUCGCAGAUCAAACGAGACCUGCUGGCCGUGCUGCUGUGCCACGCCUGCCAGGCGUACUUUGACAUCAAUCCCAACGCAAUCCUCGAGUUGCUGCAAGCACAAAAACCCUCUGCAGGGAGCAAGAGGCCGAGCAGGAAGAAGGCUGCACCUGCAGCGGCCGAGGCUGCACCAGAGGAGGCAGCGGCAGCAGCAGCACCGACGACCAUAUGUGACAUGAUCGUAGAUGCUGUACGAGCCUGUCCUUUCACGGGUGAACUGUCAAAUUUAGGGCGAAGCUGCCUCAUUGCCCUUGAAGCAUUCACCAAGAUCUUACAAUAA